AUGGCAUCGGCAACAAGGACGACGGCGUUGAGCUUGGAUGAGAAUCACCACGAUGAUGUUAUAUGUCUAGGCUCGAGGCCCAGUGUGGAGCACAUCACCAUCUACCACAAACGCAUUACCAAAAGCCGCGGCAUCCGCAACGACGAGGACACUACCACUGGGCCACGACUCCGGCAACGACGUGAUCUUCCUAUAUACAAGACCAGAAAGCAGCAGCUCGGCCCGAACUGCACCAACGUCCCCGACUACAGCCGAACGACAAAAAGCGAUCCUCACGACAACCGCACAAAAAGCACAAAGCGAGACGAAAUCCAUCCCAAAGAGUACCGACUGGAAGGCCUACGCAUCUACGGUACGCAGAAGUCGGCUGGCUAG